AUGUCGUCCCCGGUUCGCCCGAUCCUCCCCCUCCUCGAGGCCACGGAGUCGCCGCGGCAGCCGGCCGCCCUCCCCGACGACCUCCUGGCGGAGAUCCUUGUCCGGGUCGCCUCCCCUGCGGUCCUGGCCCGCGUCUCCACCGCAUGCGUCUCCUUCCACCGCCUCAUAACCGACCCCAUCUUCCUCCGUCGCUACCGGUCGCUCCACCCGCCUCUCGUCCUCGGCCUCGUCAACGAAGACGACUGCAGCUUCGAACCCGCCGAGGCGCCCCAUCCUGGCGCUCCCGCCGGCCGCGCUAUAACCCGCGCCGCCGACUUCUCCUUCGACUACGUCCCUCGCGGCAGAUGGGACGGCUGGUAUCCUUGCGAAAUCUACGACGGCCGUGUCCUUCUUGAGUGCUUGUGCCCCGACUCCGACCUGGAGGUUGUGUUGCCGGACCUCGCGGUCUGUGACCCGUUGUCCCGGCGGUACCUGCUGCUGCCUCCCAUACCUGACGGCCAAGCCUACGAACAAAAUCUCAAACAUUAUGAUGUUCGGUUUGCCCCUUCCGUCGACGAGGACGACGAGACAUCAUUCAGAGUGAUCAUGUUGAUGCAUUGCUACCAAGAGUUAGUGGUGACCGUCUUCUCUUCAGGGUCGGGCUCUGGCAGCUGGAGUGUCAGUGCGUCAACCAGCUGGGAUAGCCUAAGGUUGAGCAGACCAACAAAAUUCUCCCAAGAGCUUUGUUAUCCCUCUUAUGCAUAUAACUGUCUCUACUGGAAAGUGCGUUUGGAGAGUAAGUUGGUCAAGCUCAACAUGAACACGAAAAAGUUCUCCACUGUCGACCUCCUGCCUGAACAGGAGGAGCGGAUUAUCCUCAUUGUGGAGGAAGGUAACGGCAUGCUUGGAAUGUUUAGUCACCAUAUCUACGCCAAAUGGUCGCCCGCCCGUUACUACACCAGUGUGCAAAAGGAGGGCAAGAUAGCUAAUGAGUGGCAGCUGAAGAAUAUAAUCCCGAUGCCCGUUGCCGAUUGUUGCUUAUACUUCGUUUGUCAACCUCAAACGGUACAUUUUCCUGGCAGACUACACAUCAGGAUGUUUCACACUUGA